AUGGGGAAGUAUGCGUUUGUCGCUUGUUUAGGGAAGUAUUCGAUAGUCUUGGACGCCGGAUCGUCCGGGACGAGAGCACACAUCUAUCGAUGGCCUAAGAAAGCGCACAAGGGCGCCGCUAGCAAGGAGCUAGAACAGCUGCCUCAUAUCGAAACAACCAAGGAAUGGACGAAGAAAAUAAAGCCUGGAGUUUCGACGUUCGCCAAAAAGCCCGAAAAGAUUGGCCCUGAUCAUCUUCACGACCUCCUCAAGCAUGUUCACGGCAUAAUUCCCCAAGGCGCGGUCGAGGAUACACCCAUCUUCCUCCUCGCGACAGCUGGUAUGCGAUUGCUGCCGGAAAACGAACAGAAACAAAUUCUCCACAACAUAUGCUCCUACAUUGACGACAAUUCUGAUUUCCUGUUACCGGACUGUGAUGCCCAUGUCAAGGUCAUUGAUGGGAAAACCGAAGGUCUCUACGGCUGGAUUGCAACAAAUUAUCUCCUUGGUGGGUUUGAUGAACCAAAGGCCCACAACCAUGGUAAAAGCCAUCACACCUAUGGGUUUCUCGAUAUGGGUGGUGCAUCUGCACAGCUAGCAUUUGCACCAAACUCGACAGAAGCAAGAAAACACGCGAACGAUCUGACAUUACUGCGCCUGAGAACCCUUAACGGCCAGUCAAACGAUUACGGGGUCUUCGUCACGUCCUGGCUUGGAUUCGGUGUUCGCGAAGCAAGAUCUCGCUAUGUGAAAGCUUUAUUGAAAGGAACGCCUGGCGGCACAGUCGAUAGGAAGCGCCCUGAUCCAUGCCUUCCAGACGGUUUGCGCACAACUCUAGAGGGAACCGUGCUCCCACCAGAUGGUCCGGUAGCUGGCACAGAUCCAUACCUAGUAGGCAACGGGAAAUUUGAAGAAUGCUUGCGCGAAACGAUCCCCUUGCUCGCCAAAGAUGUGCCGUGCGAGGAUGAACCUUGUCUUUUGAACGGAGUGCACGUCCCUGCAAUUGACUUUGAUGUCAAUCACUUUGUCGGUAUUAGUGAAUAUUGGCAUACCACUCAUGAAAUAUUCGAGAUGGGCCACCAGGACAAGGCAUACGACUUCAAAACCUAUCAAACGCGUGUCAAGGAGUUUUGUUCAACACCAUGGAGUUCGAUCAAAGAGGGUAUUGAACAGAAGAAAUGGGGUAAAGUCGACCAAGAAACCGCAUUUGAAGUUUGCUUCAAGGCAGCGUGGAUCGUUAACAUCCUUCACGAUGGCAUCGGCAUACCACGCAUCGGGCUCGAGGCUACCCCCAGCCAUGGCAAGAGUGGCACCGAACAGCUCGCCGAACACGGUAAACAUGGCAAACAGAAAGGUUACCUGGAUCCAUUCCAGGCGGUAAAUAAGAUCAAUUCAACCGAAGUGAGUUGGACCCUAGGGAAAGCUGUCCUCUAUGCGUCAUCACAGGUUCCUGGCCCCAAGGGCGGUUUACCAGUGGGAUUCGGCAGCAACGUUCCAGGCAAAAUCCCAGAGGAUUUCGAAUACCCCAGCUCAAACCAUCCCCAUAUCCCCGCGCCUCCCAGCUCCGGUAAGAACGGUACAAGUGAGCACUGGCAUGAUUCCUUGUUCGAUGGAGAGUCUUCCCGCCGUAUUCCAGGGCUAUUACUCUUUGGUCUAAUCGUCUUGAUCGUCAUAUUCUUCCUCUUCGGUCGAGAACGCCGGUCCCGCAUCUAUCACAAAUUAGGCCUACGGUUCGGACGUGGUAACGGCGGAAGCAGCCCUAGAAGAAAGGCCCCCUUUUUCAGAGGAAAGAUCCCCUUCUUCUCUCGGCGCGGAGCAGGAACCUCGUAUGAGCGUGUCCUUGAAGAAGGAGAUCACCCAGAAUUCGAGCUUGGAAGUAUGGACUCCGAUGAAGAUUCUCAAUCUUCUUUAUCGCCGACUUCAGCAGUAAUGGGCAGCCGGCCAGUUAGUCGAAGCCAUCAUCUUCAGAGCCCAAAAUUUAACUUUGACAAUUCGUCUUCGCUCAGCAUUGCGAGCAAUAAUAACUCCAUGGACAGACGGGGACUUGUGAUCAGAACCGAAAGCAGGGAGAGGUUAUUCCCGCCUGCCCUUGCGCCGACGACUACUGGUCGCAAGUCUCGGGCAACGAGUCCUAUUCGACAUUCAACGCCACUUACGAAUGCUUAG